UGACUGAUGGGAGCAACUGCAAGCAACCGGAAAUCCAAACGCAGGCUUUUCCUCACAACGAAACCGCCUCUUCAUCGUCCGCCUAAACCGCACACAACAUAACCACCAUGUUGACAACGACCAUACUGGCGGCUCGCUGCUCCGCUAAGCCUGCGCUUGCGGCAGCACGCUCCGCCACCACAUUACGCUUCGCUCGCGGAUAUGCUUCAUCUCCAGAAUACGACGUUGUCGUCGUCGGUGGAGGGCCCGGUGGUUACGUUGCUGCAAUCAAGGCCUCUCAACUGGGAUUGAAGACGGCUUGUGUGGAAGGGAGGGGCGCUCUUGGUGGAACUUGUCUGAACGUCGGGUGCAUUCCUUCCAAGUCUCUUCUACACAACUCCCACUUGUACCACCAGGCGGUCCAUGAUUUCAAGAAGAGGGGAAUUGAGAUCAGCGACGUAAAGAUCAACCUUCCCCAGAUGUUGGGCCAAAAGGAAAAGUCCGUCAAGGGACUGACCGGCGGUAUCGAGCUGCUGUUCAAGAAGAACAAGACUGACUACGUGAAGGGGUGGGGUAAAAUCGUGAGCCCGAACGAGGUCUCAGUUGAGGGCGAGGACGGUCAAAAGACGAUCAAGACCAAGAACAUCAUCAUCGCGACCGGCUCCGAAGUCACGCCAUUCCCUGGCGUGGAGAUCGACGAGGAGGUCAUUGUUUCCUCGACAGGUGCCCUAUCUCUGAAGAAGGUGCCAGAAAAGAUGAUUGUCAUCGGUGGAGGUGUCAUUGGACUCGAGCUGGGAUCCGUAUGGGGUCGAUUGGGUGCCCAAGUCACGACCGUCGAAUACAUGGACGCCAUCGGUGCCGGUAUGGACGCCGACAUUGCAAAGACCUUCCAACGGGUGCUGGCAAAGCAGGGCAUGAAGUUCAAGCUGAGCACCAAGGUCAUCUCGGCGACAAAGAACAGCAACGGCAAAGUCGAUGUCGUCGUCGAGGCAGCAAAGGGCGGCAAGCAGGAAAAGUUCGAGGUUGACGUCGUUCUCGUCGCCAUCGGUCGUCGCCCGUUGACCAAGGGACUUGGGCUCGAGAGCGUCGGUGUCGAAGUCGAUAACAAGGGUCGGGUGAAGGCUGACCAUGAGUUCAAGACAAACGUGCCUGGCAUCCGCGCCAUCGGUGACGUUAUCGCUGGACCCAUGUUGGCCCACAAGGCUGAGGAGGAGGGUAUCGCUGCGGUCGAGUACAUUGCUGGUGGACACGGACACGUCAACUACGGUGCUAUCCCCUCCGUUAUCUACACAUACCCCGAGGUUGCCUGGGUCGGAAAGACGGAGGCGGAAGCCAAGGCUGCCGGCAUCAAGUACAAGAUCGGAUCCUUCCCAUUCGCCGCCAACUCUCGUGCAAAGACCAUGGAUGACUACGAAGGCACAAUCAAGAUCAUCAGCGAAGCCGAGACCGACAAGAUCGUCGGAGCCCACAUCAUCGGACCCAACGCCGGAGAAAUGAUCGCAGAAGCCGUCCUAGCCAUCGAAUACGGCGCCUCCAGCGAAGACAUUGCAAGGACAUGCCACGCCCACCCUACCCUUUCCGAAGCAUUCAAGGAGGCAUGCAUGGCGACUUACGACAAGCCUAUCCAUUUUUGAACGAUGUAGCGAUGUGUGAUGAUUGUUUCUGCUCCACGUUUUUUCCCCAUUUGCAUGCAUUUUUCUUAGACCUGCACGUAUUGGUCAUUACAUAAUGUCAAAUUGAAACCUGGAGUAUGUGAGAGGGAU